CAAAUGUCACUUACAAUUCUAUAAUUCAUACAGCUAUUUUAUUUUAUUUUGUUGUGUGGCUAAAAUCGGUCUACAACAGUAGAGUUUUAAUUAGUAAGAAGAAGAAUCUACUUUUCCAGUUAUGGAAGGUUUUAUUGAAGUGAACGAAAUAUCUGAUUUCGUUUCAUAUAUCCGCAGUAUCGAAUGGCGUGAUCCGUGGCUGAUAGCUUUACUAUCAUUUCACAUUCUGGUAACAUUUAUGUGCUUCUCUACAAGGAAUUAUGGGAACUUUCAAGUUAUGCUGUUUAUAACAUUAUUACUUCUCGUGUAUUUCUCGGAGAGUAUAAACGAGGUGGCAGCAAGAAAUUGGGCCCUGUUCUCCAGACAACAGUAUUUUGACAGCAAAGGACUGUUCAUAUCAGUGGUGUUCUCCAUCCCGAUAUUGCUGAAUUGCAUGAUUAUGGUGGGUUCAUGGCUGUACCAAUCAACGCAAAUAAUGACCAACAUCAAGAAGGCACAGUUACGGCAGCGACUGAAAGAGCUCAACAUCAACAGAGAACAACAGAAAAACAUUAAAGCAGACUAAAUGAUAACAUACAGGUACCGAUAGGACACUAAAUGUGGCGUUCCAUCAGAGAAGGGUCCUUAUGCUUCAUGUGCAAUAACAAUCUUACUAUCAAAAUGUAUGUUGGUUUUUCAGAUAAAAAGGGCCUUAAUGAACCUGGAGCAUAAGAACUCUUCUGUGAUGGAAAGCCACAAAUAGCAGAUAUUUUAUCGAGCAAAAACUAGUGAGAGGAUAUCCUGGUCACGGCACCACAUUUGUUGUAAGGAUAUUAAAAAAAUGUUCUUAAAAACCACUCUGGAAAUGAUUAAAGUAUUCAGUUUUUGCAGUAGAUAGAAUAUCGGCAUUUUGCAGGGAUCGUGUGCAAACAAAGUAUGAUAUCUUUUAGUAAUCUUGAUCGAGUAUCUACUACAAACCUUUUUUUUACACUUUAUCUUUAAAGAUCAGCUUAAAGUUCCGAAUACUUAUUAUGUUGAAUACAUACAUUACAUUGAAUAUAAUAUUCGAUCAGGUUACCAAUGAUAUCGUAAAAGAGUAUAAAUAUUUUUGCCAUUAUCACUAAUUAAAUUUGGUGUAGGAAAUGUGAUCAAAACUUGGAUAAGAAAUGUUAUUAUUAUAAAUAUUGUCGCAGGCAUUCUGUUUAAAUCAGUUUCUUCAGAGUAUUUUUACUAAACGAUGUACUGACAUAAUGCAUUUCGACCCUACACUACAUAUAAAUAUACACGACUUGAAUAAAUAAGUACGUGCACUAUCCAGAUAUUGCUGUAACUUCUUUUAAUCUACUCGUAUGUAUCAACUUUCUACCUACUUAACGGAAUAUAGACAAAGAAAUAUCUACGGCCCAUUUGACCUUUAAUUUAUUAUGAUCAUCUAAUUAUCUACUAUAACAUUAAACUCGUAAUGAACUUUCAUCACAUUUAGUUUUUACUAUAGAUAACAAUCAAUUUAGUGGCUCCAUUUAACUAAUAAAAAGGAUUUAGUACACGUACCAUGCCAUCUAAGCUGUCAUUUCAAAUGAUGAAAUAAAUAACACAAAAUUGACAAGAUUGGUAGCGCCUAGUAAUCGGUAUACAUGAAAAAAUUACAAUACGAAAACAAAGUGUAUCCGACAGAUAUAGGCAGGUACUUGCACCCAAUCUCUAAUCAAAUUGAAUCGACUAAGACUGUGCGUGUCUACUAACUUGAAGGAUUUCUGCGUUUUAUAGGGAUAAGGUUUUUUGUUUGUUUUUAAGACACUGAGAUGUAAAAUUACUUCGUUAGCUGCACUUAUUUCUAGCUUUAUUUAUAAGGUUUUAUUAAGUGAGUGAAUAAUAUUAGCUCAACAUAAAAUUUUUAAGAUGUGUUGUUGUCAUCACUUGUAUUCCUACUGCAUUUUUUCCUACGCGUUUCUUGCAUUUUCUUGUACUUAAGAUAUAAAACUGUAUUUUUCUUUUCCUACAAUAAUGUGUUGUUGCCAGUAGUCUGCUGUUAGGGCGUUUUAAUAAAAAAUAACUAAUUACUUACCUGGAUGUUAAAACGCUCCAUUAUAGUUUUUUUUGUGCGCUCCCAUGCUUGCUCUGCAUCGGCAAAAUAAUCAUAGCGUUAAACCAAACAUAAAAUGUACGGUGCUCGAACUAUGUAGUAGGUACACUAAACCUCCAAUAGGGUAUUUUCUGAAUCCGAACCGGGGUCAGGCGGAUGUUUUCUGUGAUUAGGAUUAUGGUUGAAAACUUGAAAAUACGACUUGUGCGCGUGAAUUUUGUGAGUUCUGUUACUAUACCGCCUUCAUGCAAUUUUGCCGUUGUUAUAGCACGCAUGUGACCGAUUAUUAAAUUAAUAUGAAACCUAAACUGUUGCCAUGUAUUUGUAGGUUUCGUAUGGAAAUAUACGAUUAGAAAAGUAAAAUAAAUUUAAUUUUUAAUACAUAAAGUCGCUAGAAUAGGUUUAUUUUUAUUUGUUAUUGUGAAUGUUUUUUACAGAAUUAUUAUUUAAGAAUCUAUGUCGAAAUUGUUUGUUAUGUUACUAACUGUUGUUUUGUAUAUAUUUUUUUUAUUUUGUCAAUAUUAGGUUUAAGUAAAUCGAAGCAGUUGUCUUUAUUUUAAAAAGGAAAAAUUAAAGAGGUCUAGGCUCAAUAUGAAAAAUAAUUUUGACAUUAUGAGAAAUGCUUUAUUUUGAUAGAUGAAAAACAUAGUAAACAUUCACAAUGACUCUUUAUUUAUAUAUUUAAGUUUGUGAUAAAUUAUCUAGUGAAACGUGCGAAAGAUUGAAGUAUAUCGAUAUUAUACAUUUCGGAAAUAAUCCUUGGAAACGAAAAUUAGUUUUUUUUUUGUCUAAUAAGUCAUAAUUAAUUAAUUAUUUAAUAUAAUUGUGCCGACACACUGUGCCUCUGUCAUUGGACGAUGGGCUGAAAGAAUGAUUAUGUGAAAGAUCAUGUGUGUAGAUUUCUUUUAUAUUGAAAUACAGUAAUUUUUACAAUCGACACUGGCGGAUAUGUUGUUUAAAUGUGGACAAUAUAACAAUUUGUGCCUAUAUGUAUAUAAUAGACAAUAACUGGAUUUUUUAGAAUAUUAUGUAUUUUACCCAUUCAAAUAGGAUUUUAUGUAUUCUAUUUCAUUACUUUCUCGUUUUAAUAUAUUCUUUAUUUUGCUUUGAAAAAGUAUUUUGGAAGGUCAGAUAAAGUAUAUCUUAAAUAGUGAUAUCAAAAUUACAAGAUAACUCUACCUUCGCUUUGAUUUCAAAACUAAUCAAUUUUAUACACGUCUAAUAAUUAUAGACUAAACAUUCAAUUAUUGAUUACGUCCAUACGAUAUUUAGGUAGCAUUUGCUGUACGUAUUUGUUUCAUAUAAAAAUAUAAAUAUGUAUAUAUUCGCGUCUUAGAACUUUUACCUUAUAAGAUCAUUCAUAGAGUAUAAAUAUAUUUCUUGAAAAUAGUUUAAAGUAAACCCCAUUACAUCCACACUAAUCCACAGCUUAGGCAGUAACUCAAAAAGCGGCGUUUGUAGACCCAAGCUGAUGCCUUCUGUAUGGAAAUAUUACAAUACAAUAUAUUAUGGUGUGUAAAUAAAAUACGAAAAGUUUAACUAGGACUUAUCUUCCUUUGUAAAUUAUCUACAUUCUUUCUUUAUCCCAUGUCGAUUAUCAGAGCCUAAAAUGAUUUAAUUUCUAUUAGUAUUUAGCAGGUAAUGAGUAAAUAUCAAGACUGAGAUGUGUGUGAUUGAUAACAUAAUUGUUACAGGCUUUAUUAUAUCAUUUAAUACAAGCAUUUGACAUGAUCGUUACAAUGUCCAAUGACGACUUAAAAGUGGUAUUCAGAAUUAGAAAGAAAUACUACAACUACAAAAUUUUAUUUAUAAAUAAAACAGGCAUUUUUCGUAAAAAUA